CUACAACUUAAUCGAAUUUGCGGUAAUCCUGUAAAAGACUAAUACGCGAAGACCCACAAGGGCCCAUGCAGUAUAAAAAGGCAAAGAGCGCGCCUCAACAGAUAUUGAUCGAACGAAAUUCGAACGGCUAAUUUUAGUAGGUACGCGGCGGUCCAUCAAGGGAUGCUGGAGGAGGAAAUCAAUACACGCGCGACGUUUUAAGGGACGCCUCUCGCGCUCGCGUUGCGAAUAUGAGGGUGAAAAUACUUAAAUAAACAAUGAAAUUUAAUGGGUCAUUUCAAGGGGAGAGUUUACUUCAUUUUGUGGUACUCCAGCAUAUUGGCAGGUUACGCCGGCCUCUUCUGCCCGUUGCUCCCAAUUUUGCUGAUCUCGAAUAAGCUCUAUCGGUAUCUGACCGACGUUCUCUUCACCUUUUGGCAGUCGUACCCGACGGUACUUUUGGAGGUGCUAUGCGGUUGCGACGUGCAAAUCUUAGGCGAUCCCAUAAAGGCCAACGAGACAUCGUUGCUGAUCAUGAACCACCGGACGCGGACCGACUGGAAUUUCCUCUGGCCCGCCGUGUUUCACUCGACUCACGGUUUCAGUAGGUACAAGUAUCCGACAAAGUUCGUGCUCAAGGACAUUAUACGGCACAUCCCCGGCAUCGGGUGGGUAAUGCAGCUCGCCUGCUUUCUCUACAUAAAACGAAGCUGGAGCUUGGACCGCGCGAAGAUCGACGAGUACAUCAACUACUUCUGCGAGAUCUGCUACAAAUACACCCUGCUGAUAUUUCCCGAGGGAACCGACUUCACGGAGACGACCAAGGAAAACAGCAACCGAUACGCGAAGAAGCACGACCUGCAGCGGUACGAAUACGUACUCCACCCGCGCACCACCGGUUUCGUCUACCUAGCCGAGAAGCUCCUGGAGAACAACGCGUUGGACGCCCUCUACGAUCUCACCCUAGUCUACCCGGACACGGUUCCGCAAACCGAAAGGAUCAUGUUUAACGACGGCAAAUUUCCUCAGCAAGUGAAGAUACACUUCACGAGGUACCCCGCGUCGGUUCUGCCGAAAACCUCCGACGACCUGAGGAUCUUUCUCGAGAGGCGGUGGCUCGAAAAGGAGCGCGUGCUGCACGAGUUUCACGUCACCGGUCACUUUCUGCACGGCGAGAUACUCAAACGGACCGAUCUCACCUACCUUUACGCGUCGUUCGUAUUCUGGACCCUGUUGCCUUACGUCGUUUUAUACUGUUUAUACGAGUACCUCUACUUUAGAUACCUCGUCGUCGGUCACACCGUUCUCAUGCUCAUCCUGAAUUGCACCACCGACGGAUUUCCCGAAGUCGAAAUCGUCGUCUACAAAUUGAAGAAGAAACUAUUUUCGACCCCGUUUUAAGUUGAAUUAUAAUUAAUGUACUUUUUUCCGUAGAUUUCUGACGUGAAUUCAACGUGCCAAAAUAAGUGUGUAAAUGUAAUAUAUUUAAAUAAUUAAGAAAUAAAUAAUAAUAAGCAUCAUAACCUCAAAA